GAUCCGUGGAUAUGGGCGCCGUGAAUCGAAGUUUGAGGAGAGGCAAAGCUAAAGCCACCUCCGACGGUUCGACCUCACGAGGUUCUCGAGGAAGACACUCCGUCUCUUCGUUUCCUACUAUCCCAGAUCAUUUAAUCAGGGACGCUAUGAUGGAUGAAGAAUUCAACCAGUUUUAUUCUGGUAGAGGAGACGCGAAUCUCCCCACUCUUGAUAGUCUAUUCGAGGAUGUUGAUGAAGCAGGACUGGAUAAUCUUGACGGGGACGAUGAGCCUACACCGCAAAGCAACGACGUCGACGUGGAGGCAGCGGAGGGCGUUACCCUUAUCCCGGGAAGAAUCACAUCAUUACCUUCUCUCUUCUCCCCCAUGAUCACCACCUUCACUACUCAAAUAGCCUCGGGUCAGGCCCUCAAAAACUUUGGACAAAUUAUGCCCAUUUUCCAACAACCCGGGGGAUUUACUCUUUUCAUCCCUCGGAUGUAUCCCCAUGCUUUGGGCCAAAAUACAAAUCUUCCCAACACGUUGGGGCAUCCCCCGUCGUUUCAACCGGUCAGUACCUCACGGUCGGUCACCUUGACAAAUCUAGCCGGGGAGCUGGAAAGGGCAGGCCCUUCUCGUCCUAGAAGGAGCAGAUCCCACAAGCUCCACACUCAGGUCAUACCCGACGGGGACGUGCGCUCUGUGCACAGCAGGGAUGAAGACUCGGAUAUUCCGAAAGGCCAGAAAAAGCUGCAUGGCAAAGCCGUCCAGCUGGAAGGUUCACGACGGUCAAUGUUCCAGAGGCUGGGACAUGAGGGGCGAAAACAUAAUCGACCGGCCAAGGAGCGGUUGGGGGUGAAGGUUCCCAAGCCAGGCAAAUUCUAUAGGCGAGAAGGUGGUAGGCGACCCGGUCAGACCGGGCGCUUUGACCUUCAUCUUUGUGAUGAGCCCCAACACAGCAGGGUGCCUAGAGCGAAGGGCCAGACGGAAAACCAGCCCAAAGUUGCUAUGCGCAGACAUGUUAAACCACCUAGCAACCAGGUGGACAUGGAGGAAGAACGUUUGGAGAGGCUCUUGAAGAGAGUUCGUCGGGAAGAAAAGAAGAAAGUGGUGUUGAACAACCAUUUUAUCAUCCGCUAAGACCGGAUUUGUACCAUGCCAAUGUUCAAUAAAGUUGAUCUUUUUUCUCAAAACACUUCUCGCAAGACCGUUUCUCUUGAGGAAAAAUUGCAAUUCCAAGAAUGCCCUUUUGAGGAGAUAGACUUCCAGCCUUGUUUAGACCAAGGCAACCAAUUGUCUGCAGAGGCAAUUUGGUCAUGCUGUGAAAGCCUAAACCAAGCAAUCCAAGUGGGAGUUUUCUGCAUUUGUAAGCUGAUUGGGUCUCCUAAGACCCCUUUGCUUAGCCACUCUUUGGUUCUCACGAUGUCAAAUUGCUUCAUUUCUAUUCCUCAAUGGAACCAAUGCAAUGAGCCGGUGCCUGUGCUUGAACCACCACCACGGGACAGCCCAUUCUC